AUGGAUGUGGAUUCAACUAUCACUACAGAGCCCGAGCUUGGUCAUGAUCCAUCAGCCCAAAAAACAUCCGGGGGAGAUUCGGAACAGCCUACUACUGCUCCGGAAUCCCCAUCGACUAAUCAGCAGCCACCUUUGCAGCAGCAGCAACAUCAACAGAGUAGUAAUAACAGUAGUAACACUAGUGAUAUCAACAGUGGUGUUGGUGCUACAGUGGUUGCGGGACCGCGAUGCGCCCCUACUUAUAGUGUGGUGGAUGCAACUAUGGAGAAGAAGGAGGAUGGGCCGGGUCCCCGAUGUGGCCACACGUUGACGGCUGUGCAAGCCGUAGGGGAGGAGAGGACUCCUGGUUAUAUUGGCCCGAGACUGAUUCUUUUUGGUGGGGCCACUGCUCUUGAAGGGAAUUCUGCUGCCUCCGGAACUCCUACCUCCGCUGGAAGUGCGGGAAUUCGGUUAGCAGGGGCUACUGCUGAUGUGCAUUGUUAUGAUGUUUUGACUAAUAAAUGGUCCAGAGUUACCCCUAUUGGAGAACCACCUUCACCAAGGGCAGCACACGUGGCAACUGCUGUUGGCACUAUGGUUGUCAUACAGGGUGGAAUUGGUCCAGCCGGUUUGUCUGCUGAGGAUCUUCAUGUUCUAGACCUCACACAACAACGGCCACGGUGGCAUAGGGUUGUGGUCCAAGGGCCGGGACCAGGGCCACGCUAUGGACAUGUCAUGGCUUUGGUUGGGCAAAGAUAUCUCAUGGCUAUUGGUGGAAAUGAUGGUAAACGGGCUUUAGCUGAUGUUUGGGCAUUGGACACUGCUGCCAAGCCAUAUGAAUGGCGGAAACUGGAACCAGAGGGUGAAGGUCCACCUCCAUGCAUGUAUGCGACUGCCAGUGCCCGCUCUGAUGGUCUUCUUCUACUAUGUGGAGGGAGGGAUGCGAACAGCGUGCCGCUGGCAAGUGCUUAUGGGCUUGCCAAACAUAGGGAUGGUCGUUGGGAAUGGGCCAUUGCUCCUGGUGUCUCACCAUCUCCCAGAUAUCAACAUGCAGCAGUUUUUGUUAAUGCUCGUCUUCAUGUAUCUGGAGGGGCACUUGGUGGUGGACGCAUGGUUGAAGACUUAUCAAGUGUUGCUGUUCUGGACACUGCAGCAGGAGUUUGGUGCGAUACAAAGUCUGUUGUCACUAGUCCAAGGACUGGCAGAUACAGUGCUGAUGCUGCUGGUGGGGACGCAGCGGUAGAAUUGACAAGGCGCUGUAGGCAUGCUGCUGCUGCUGUUGGUGACUUGAUCUUUAUCUAUGGUGGUCUCCGUGGUGGGGUGUUGCUGGAUGACUUGCUUGUCGCUGAAGAUCUUGCUGCUGCUGAAACAACGAGUGCAGCUUCUCAUGCAGCAGCUGCUGCAGCCAAUGUUCAGCAAGGGAGGUUAGCUGGUAGAUAUGGUUUCGUUGAUGAUGGAACAAGUCCACUGGUUCCUGGUGGUGCUGCUGAUGGUGACGUUGUGGUAGGAAUUCCUGUUGCUCCCCCUGUAAAUGGGGAUAUGUAUACCGAUAUUAGCACAGAAAAUGCAAUGCUUCAAGUUUCUCGAAGACAGAACAAAGGCGUCGAGUACUUAGUUGAGGCUGCAGCAGCAGAAGCUGAAGCUAUUACUGCUACAUUAGCUGCUGCUAAAGCUCGGCAAGUUAAUGGAGAAAUUGAGCUUCCAGAUAGGGAUCGGGGUGCAGAGGCCACCCCCAGUGGAAAACAGAUCUCUACCUUGAUUAAGCCAGAUUCUGCAGUUUCUAAUAAUUCUACUUCAGCUGGAGUUAGGCUUCAUCACCGAGCUGUUGUUGUGGCUGCAGAGACUGGCGGUGCUUUAGGUGUUGCCAGACAGCUUUCAAUCGAUCAAUUUGAAAAUGAAGGCAGACGUGUCAGUUAUGGAACACAAGAAAAUGCUACGGCAGCUAGGAAACUUCUAGACCGUCAAAUGUCUGUUAAUAGCGUACCAAAGAAGGUGAUUGCUCAUCUUUUAAAACCUCGUGGUUGGAAGCCUCCAGUUCGCAGACAGUUUUUCUUGGAUUGCAACGAGAUAGCAGAUCUUUGUGAUAGUGCUGAAAGAAUAUUUGCAAUUGAACCUAGUGUACUACAACUCAAGGCUCCUAUUAAGAUAUUUGGUGAUUUGCAUGGGCAAUUUGGGGAUCUUAUGCGCCUUUUUGAUGAGUAUGGAUCCCCGUCAACUGCCGGGGAUAUAGCAUAUAUUGAUUAUCUCUUCUUGGGAGAUUAUGUUGAUCGAGGCCAGCACAGCUUGGAAACCAUAACUCUACUCCUAGCUUUGAAGGUUGAGCAUCCGCAUCAAGUGCAUUUGAUUCGCGGUAAUCAUGAAGCUGCAGAUAUCAAUGCACUUUUUGGUUUUCGAAUUGAGUGUAUUGAACGCAUGGGUGAGAGAGAUGGAAUCUGGACAUGGCAUCGAAUAAACAGAUUGUUCAACUGGCUCCCCCUGGCAGCAUUGAUUGAGAAAAAAAUUAUUUGUAUGCAUGGUGGUAUAGGAAGAUCAAUAAACCAUGUAGAACAGAUUGAAAGUAUUCAGCGCCCAAUUACAAUGGAAGCAGGAUCGAUUGUCCUGAUGGACUUGUUAUGGUCUGAUCCCACAGAAAAUGACAGCGUAGAAGGAUUAAGACCAAAUGCAAGAGGUCCAGGAUUGGUUACCUUCGGGCCUGAUCGUGUAAUGGAAUUUUGUAAUAACAAUGAUCUACAAUUGAUUGUUCGGGCUCAUGAAUGUGUGAUGGAUGGAUUUGAAAGAUUUGCUCAGGGACAUUUAAUUACUCUCUUUUCAGCAACAAACUACUGUGGUACUGCAAACAAUGCUGGAGCUAUCUUAGUCUUGGGUAGAGAUCUAGUGGUGGUUCCAAAACUAAUUCAUCCAUUGCCACCUGCAUUUUCAUCUCCCGAGACCUCACCUGAACACCAAAUAGACGACACAUGGAUGCAGGAGCUCAAUGCUAACAGACCGCCUACACCAACUAGGGGCCGUCCUCAAGUGACUAAUGAUAGAGGUUCUCUUGCUUGGAUUUAG